AUGCUUUUGAAAAAGACAUUUGCGCAUGCGAAGUUAAAAAAUCGCGCCACAUUCUGGAGUUACGCGUUCGCGUUCUGCCUCUGCCUCCUGUUAUCCGCUUGCAAUGCCGGCACCGAGAAUCUUAGUAAUUUCCCUUUUGCGCAGCAAGGAUUAGCAGCAGCAGCAGCAGCAUCAAUCGCCUCUGCCAACUCAGCAGCAACAGUCAAAAAAUCAUCAGUUCCGCCCGCACCUGCAUCGUCUUCGCCGUCAUCUUCCCCGCCAUUGAACACCGCUAACGCCAGCACACGCACCAUUUUGCGCAUCUACGAUGAGUGCAGCCGCGCAGAUGGCGGUUUUGUGCCAUGCCUGAAGAAGAAGGCAAUCUCCUUCAUUGAUCGCAUAUCGCACAUAGAUGCCAUCGCUGUGGCGGAUGGCAUUAAAUUGGUGCGCCUGCCGAAUAGCGCUAUUAGCGCCGCCGCAGCCGCAUCUUCUGCGCCACUUCAGCCACUUUAUGGCGAAAAUGAGCUUGAAUCUUCGCUGUCACGCUCCAGCGAUGAUCGCGAUACCAAGCUGACAAAUAUGCUUAUAGAGCGAUUGAGUCACUUCUUCAAUGGUCACACGCUGCAAGUGAAUUUUCCCAAAUUGACAGCCGAGGAAAUAGGACGUGGACUAGAAGAAGGUCGUGGCAAAAUGAAGAAAAUGAUGAGCAUGAUGAUGAUGGGCAUGGCUAUGAAAAUGGUUGGCAUGAUCCCGGUUGCCAUGGGUAUGCUCUACAUGAUGGCCGGCAAAGCGCUGAUUGUCUCGAAGAUUGCCCUGCUGUUGGCGGGCAUAAUGGGUCUGAAGAAGCUGAUGUCCGGUCGUGGUGGAUCAGGUGGUAGCUCGGGUUGGUCAUCGGGUGGCGGCGGCGGUGGCUGGUCUUCGGGGGGUGGUGGUAGCGGCGGCUAUGAUAGACGAUCUCUUAAUGAAGCGCAUGAGCUGGCCUAUCGCGGCUAUAGCAAUCGACAGACAACAGGUGCAUAUGCGCAGCAGAAGCAACAGCAAGAGCAGCAGCAAAAGAAACAGCUACAACAGCAGCAGCAACCGUUAUCUUUGCAACAACAGCAACACCAACAACAACAACAACAACAACAGCAGCAGCAGCAGCAGCAGCAGCAACAAGUGCAAAAGUCAUAAACAGUAGGCACACAGAAUGUAUAGUUGAACUUCAUAAAACGUCAUUAGUAAAUAUAAACAACAGCAGCAACAACAACAAUAACAAUAACGACUGCCUGUAUUAUACACGCUGUGCAAUAUGCUGCAUAUAUCUAUCCAUAAAAAGAUGCAGAAUAUAGUAUAUAUUGCAUUUUUGCCACAAUGCAGUGACCGACCGUAAGUCAUCUCAUAGAUGAAGCGCAGCCUUAACCGGCGCACAACUGCAACAUGCACUACAGCAACAAUACAAAUACCGACCAAAUCAACCACAAGUGUUGCUGCAAAAUUUAUUGCGUAGCAUUUUGUAAUUAGAAUUUCUGCUACUGAUUUCUGCUAGCCGCCUCAAUUUGCCUUUGGCGCCUUUACACACUUCACGGUACUAAUACGAUUUCGCCAAAACCCCUAUGUAUGUGUAUAUCUAUGUAUACACAUUAGACCGGGUCGGUGCUGAUGCAAAAGCAAAAAAAAGUUUGUUAUUCUAGUAAUUUGAAAGCUUAUUUUGAGAAGAUUUGGCGUCAUGAAAGUGUUCAUGAUGAAAAAAGCCAUAAUGGAUUUUGAGACUUCUACGUCUCUUUAGGAGCAUGGAAAACAGCCGCAUAUGAUAAAAUUUUUAAUUUCAUGAUAACUAAAAUUGAAUUUAGUUGGGUAGAAAUUAAAAUAAUCGAGUUUCCUGGUCGAAGGAGGUAAUAUAUGUAGAUGAAUAGAAUAUUAAAGCAGUGUAU